CAAGCGAGCAAAUCACUUGUUUAUCUCACUCGCGGGCACUCAAAAUUACGGCCGUCGACAGGCUGCCCGACAGGCUGCCUAAGGCAUGGUCGGCUACGAAGUGUGCAGGGAUUGGUUACCCAAGACGAGGCAACGGAUGACUAAUAGGACUGCCCUUUCCCUCUCAUCUAAUUGUAUUGUGAUUGGUUGUAAAUAUAAUCCUUGACCUUCAGUCUUCGUUCUUACUCGCACACGACACUUGUGUGAUCACACUUCUAACGUGCGCUUUGCUCUCUGUUUCAGAUCAUUGCUUGACGAGUGGGAUUAUAGUCCGUCGAGUAGUUCUUAGGUGUCAUUUGUAAAAUUUUGGUUAACUUGUUGGUUGGUGUACUGCAAGAGUAAUGACAGACGAUAUUGUAUCAUUAAGGUUGGCGUUAUUGAAUGCUAAGUCUAAUCUACUGACUCAUUUACAAAAUCAUCAUGAUCUCCAGCCUGUUAAAUCAGAAUUUAAAAACUUGGUUGACGAAUUCAAUGACUUGGGAAAGUAUUGCCGGUAUUUGUAUGAGAAUGCAAGAAGAAAGGUCAAAUCUAAUCUACUCAAUGAAGACGAUAAAAGGGUAUCAUCAGCAUCAGCGUUUCAUAAAGAAGCAUUUAGUCAACUACAAGAGCUAUUAGACAUGCAUACGAAUUGUUCAUAUUUGUUAGACUUACAUCAAACUUUAAUUGAUUUAGAAGCUUCAAUCGAUGAAUUGAUAUGUGAAUGUUCAAUAUUUGGCGAAAAAGAAAACUGGAAGAAAAUACUCAAUGUAGACGAGUCAGAAGGUGAUUGUAAGGAUAACUUAAAAGUUGAAGAAAACUACAAAGAAAUUAAUGAGGCAGUAUGCCGCUCGUACGUCGAUAAUAUAGUUUAUUAUCUUCAAUUGGCUGAACAUUUACUCGCUGAACAACCAAAGUUUAAUAAGGACGCUGCAUUGCUAUUUCCAAGCAUGACGCUUACACUUAUACGAUGCAAGGAUCUUCUUGUUCAAGUUGUCGAUGAGUUAUGGUGUCGAUGGAUUAUUCUAGAGUUGCCGUCGAAACAAAAAGAUGUAACACCAUUUUCUAAUGUCAAUAUACCCUAUCCAUCAAUUCAUGAACAGGUGGAAUCGAAUGAUUUUUUCAGUUUUUCAUUCAACGCUUGUAUACCGUCAGUAGCUCACAUGGAAAAAGCACUGAAUAAUCCAAAUUCCCUAUUUGAUUCGUUUUUUUAUCGUCUGUCGUCGGAUAAUGAUGAUCUACCGGCGACUAUUCCGCUAUGUGGAAAAGCUUCUGUAUUGGCUAGUCUUAAAAUAUUGGCCAAGCCUGGAUUAAUAUGUCAGUUGUUGAGAAUUAUUGAAGCUUUAGAAGAGUCUAAGACUCGUAUUUAUGAAUUGUUCAGUCAAAUUUGGACGUACAUCUUUAAACCUUGGCUUAAAAAGGUCCCAUGUGUAUCCGGUUCAGAAAUGGGUUGGCCAGAGUUGAAGUGCCAAUUGAUUAAUGAGUCGCUCCAUGAUGAAUUAGAUAUCGACGUAUCAGUGAAUAGUACUGCUAGUAGUAGUAAUAAUCGUAGGAAAACGGCUUCUACUGCUGCGGCUGACCGUGGUGUCUUAUGCUACUUCAAUCUACUGUUAAUAGCACCAAAUACGAGUACUACUACUACUACUACUACUACUACUACUACUACUACUACUACUACUACUACUACUACUACUGGUACCAUUACUUCUAAUAUUAGUAAUAAAAGGGGUGCAGAAGGAGUCAAUAAUGACAGUCAUAAUAGUCGUUCUAGUCAUAAGAGUACUGAUAUAGAAACACGCAGAGGCAGUGGAGGACGAGGAGGCGUAGAACGAAGACGAAGCGAAGGAGAAGACAAAGACGAAGAAGCCGCCGUUAAGAAAUUGAUCAACAGUUCAUGUAAACAAUUAUCUAAUGCAUUUAGCGAUUUAUAUAAGUAUUUCUUUGGUCUGAAAUUUAUUCAAUCAUCCAAUAAUUAUGAUAAUAAUAGUAGAGAGGAAAAUGUCUGUAUAGGAGGACUCCUCAAUGUCAACUCUGAUAUUCUUAGUGAUGAUGGUGAUGUGGAUGGGAAUGCAGAUGAUACAGCUAAACGUGUCAUUGACUUACUAAUCAACAACAACAACACCAUUGAUAGUGAUAUCGAAAAUAGUCAAUCAAUUUGUUGUUUAUUCAGUCAUGAAUUAGUCAGUGAAUUAAUCAAUGGACGUUUCAAUGUUGAUGUAUUCUUCACAGACGGUGAUGCUGAUGAUGAUGAUAAAAAAUCGACUAAUUUUGAGUCAAUGUUAGCAUCAAUUACCGACUCUGUGAUACAAUUGAUUCACGUUGGAAUAAGUACAGGAUUUCUACCAACAGAGGAACAACUUUCACUGAAUAGUACUCAACAACAACAAGUGUCAAGUUCUAAUAGUGGAGAAGCAAAAUUAAGUGUAUGGAUUAAGAAACUCCCCUUGUUGAAGUAUAAACGUAAAGCAAGCUGUAUGCUAGAACAACUGCAUCAAUUAUUAGCUAAUCGUGAACUCUUCUAUUCAAUGUGUCGUCCAGCGAAUGAAAGCGUAAAAUGUGAGAAGAAGAGGGAGCAGGAGGAGAAGGAAGAGGAGGAGGCGAAUCCUUCAGAUACUGAUCAUAUUAAUGCUGGUGACGAUGAUGAUGUUGAAUAUGAUGAAAGUAUCUUUGAAGAGGAAGAAUUCAUUCUCAGUUAUGAUAGUGAUGCUGGUGAUAAGGAUAAUAAUAAUAAUAAUAAUAAUAAUAAUAAUGGUCCACUGAAAUCACGAUCAUUAUCGGAUUCAAAUAACGAGAGUGAAUAUGAGCAUACUGUCUCUAGACUACUGAAAUCCAAGUGUAAUCUACGUGAUAUCUCAAGAUAUUUAGAUCCUGGACAAUUUGAUUUUCCUGAUUGUAUGGUGUCGGAAACUGUCCUCCUAAUGAUGAAACAAGUCUAUGACAUUCUCAAUAAUGGUUUUACCUACCUUGUAACCUUAGUGAAUGAAGUGAAUCAGUCGACAGCAAAUAAUGUGCUGGAUUUAAAUACAAAGAAAACUAUCACAAUAAGUUUUGUUGAAUUUAUAAUUAAAUUAAUUCCUCGGAUAUUUAUGCUAUUCACCUCACUGAUACCUAGUUUACAUGCACAGACGGGUUUACGAUUUGCUGUUCUGUACUACAAUGAUUGUAUGUAUUUAGCUCAUGAAUGUUUAUCCCUGGGUGAACGUGGCCCGUACAAAUUUAUUGGAGAUUUUCUCGAUUUAGACUAUGAAACAGUAGCCAGUGCUAAUGAUAUUGUUUUUGAUGAAGAUAUUCUGGAGAGAUUAGCUGCAAUGGGUACUUGUAGUCUGGUACCACAUUUUCAUCAAUCUGGUGCCAAAAGCUUAUCGUAUCAUUUAAGACGUGAACGACAACAUCUCCUACGAUGCAUUGAAAGGAUACAAGGAUUUCAUGAUGUCAGUUCAUCAUUCGGUUAUAAUCGAUGUACUACUUCUAUGGAUGAUUGUCGUCGUCAUUUGCUAAAAGUUGCUGAUGUUCUUGCCUAUCUACCAUAUAAGAUCUAUUAUCGUGCAUUAGGAUCUGGACUUCGCCGAUGAUAUAUGUCUGAUUUCCCACAAACUGGAAGAUAUACUAGCGAAAAGCAACAAGUUGGCAGAAGAAGCAUCAAAGAUAGGAGUUCAGGUGAACAUAGAGAAAAUAGAGGUGAUGAAGAUUUCUGGACAAGAACAACAACAACAGACAACGAUCAGCUUAAAUGGUAGGAACCUGAAAGAAACAACCUUUUUUACCUACCUGGGAAGCAUCGUUUCAACUACAGGCCGGUGAGACUGACGAGGAUAUCAAAGCGAGAAUCGGAAAAGUAAGACAAGCUUUCACUACUCUCAAGUCUGUGUGGAGUUCAACAGCACUCAGCAUCAAAAUAAGAUCCGGAUUUUCAACUCCAAUGUGAAGUCAGUCAGUUCUAUACUAUACGGAUCAGAGACUUGGCCAGUGCGUCAUAAAGAGCAUCUCAAACAAACUACAGACCUUCAUUAACAGUUGUCUUCGCUCAAUACUACUCAACAUCAGAUGGCCGGCCAGAAAAGAUCAGCAACAGGGAUCUUUGGUAAUGAGCGAACCAACCAGGGACCGAUUGUGAAACAAAUAGGCAGGAAGAAAUCGAGAUGGAUUGGCCAUACUCUGAGGAAACCAUCAAGUGAUAUCACUAGACAAACCAUUGCUCGAGUCGAAGCCGAAAGGGAAGUGGCGAAUUGGUCGUCAGUGUGAGGGUGACUUGGAGGAGGUCAUGUGAAGAGGAGAUGAAAGCGUGUGGGCAGACUUGGAGCCAGGUGAAGACUCUAGCAGAGAACCGAACGCAAUGGAGACGCACGGCUGAAGCCCUAUGUUCCUGUAGGAUUUAAAGUUAACAAUAAUAAUAAUCUGUCUUUACUCUCUUCUCUUGUUUCUGUGUGGUACAUUGGGAGUGAGAGAGAGAGAGAGAUUGGCAAGUUUAAGUGCUGUACAUCUGUGCAAAGUUUCUUUUUAUGUUAAGACCCCAGUCAGUCACUAACAGCCAGUAAAACUUCCUGUAUUAUUUUACUGAAUUGAUUAGGUUUGUGUGACCAUCUCAUAACUCCGUAUAUGUAGCUCACAUAAUGGUAAUGGUGAUAAUGUUGACGACAAUAAUUCGUUUAAAUUUCCUUUUUUUUUCAAAUGCCUAUUUAGGUUACCUGUGUAAUUGUGUUUGUGCAGAAUUAGUGAAGUGUAUAGUGAAUUCAACUGAUAUUACACAGUCGGAUUGUGAUAAAAUACUGAUCUUAUUAGAUCAGAUUAGUGGCACUGUAAGUUAUUGUUACUAUUAUUACCAUUAUUUAUUUUUGAAAAAAGAAUCAAAGCACUGGACGACUUCUUGUCAAAGUUGUUCAGCCUCUGUUAAUUGCAUUCUUGUUCAUUUAGGUUUUUCGUAUUUUUGAAAGUAUCAAAUCUUUUGACUGUAAUAGUGAACGUAUUUUGGCAUGUGAUUUGCUUUUGUUGGAUGAAAGAUGAUACUGAAAGACUGGACUACUCCGACUGACUAAUCAGCAGUCCGCUCCGUCCUUCUUUAUGGCUGUGACACAUGCUAGCCAUUGAGAGUGGAAGACAUGAAAAGAUUCGCUAUCUUUGAUCAUAGGUGCCUGCGUUCUAUCUCCCGUGUGAAGUGGUAUAAUAAGGUGAGCAAUAUUGAGGUUAGGCGUCGAGUGCUAGGUAAGGAGGGGAAAUCAGUCAACGAGACUGUGAAAUUACAUGGACUGAGAUGGUUAGGACAUGUGUUACGUAUACCUAGUCAUCGCCUUCC